AUGCAGGCACUUCAGCAUAUGAGCCGAGCAUUCCUUUGGCUUGAAAGAUGUCUCCGAGACCUCCUACCAAUGGCUUCUUACAUCCUCUCCUCCAGCCCCGUUCCGCCUAACAGCGCGGCCUAUGCCUCUUCGCCUCCAGGGACCGUGAGCCCGACGACGACAGUCACCCAGUACUCGCCGGUCGCCCGUCGCCACGGAGAAGAAGAGGAAGAAGCUGCCGUCCACGUAUCUUCGUUUCAGAAUUCGACCUCUUUGCCGGCGCUGGCGACCCCGUCCCAGCAAGGCCGCCGAGGCUAUGCUUUCGUGAACUUCUCAGACAUGAACGGCAGGAUCGCGCUGAUCGAGAAUAUCGAGCACCGACAAUGGAAAGGAUUCCGCUCGAGCAAGGCCGCCGAGAUCUCCUACGCGACAAUCCAAGGGAAAGAGGCUUUGAUCGCGAAGUUCCGGAACCCCUCGGUCAUGCAGGAGACUCCAUCCUGCUGUCCACGCAUCUUCGUUUCACACCUCGCCUUCUUUGGCGAUGGGGGCAUUGCCGGCCCCGACUGUUCGUCGCCGAGAGCGACUACGGGAAAUCCAACCUCUGCGGGACCGAGCUGGCUUUCCCGGCACCCGACAAUUUUGCCAAACUCAGCCGCUCCAUUGAGUCUGCGCGCGCAAAUGGGCUCUUCCCGCCGGACGUACACCCAUCUGGCAAGAUAUGCGACGGAAGAGUUCAGCAACGGCUGCUGCGCACGAAAAAGUCCAGGACGGUCAGAUUGGAGAGUAGCAAGGCGGGGCAGGUACAAGAUAAUCGAAGGCGGAACGGCUUCGGCAUCGCCCUCCAGACCAAGCCUCCCCGGGUGGCGAGGACGCGGCAAUGGAGAUGCCCUGGCGAACUUCAAGCAGAGUGAGGACUACCGGAAGCAGACUCUCUGCGGCUUCCCCAGUUCGAACCUGGAACCCACUGGGGCCGCCUCCCCUCUCUCAAACCGCGGACGAAGCCUCCGACUUCCGGCGUCGUCCACUCCCGGCAAGGGGCUGAAAAGAGUCCUACAGCAAAUCCGCCAACGCCAGAAUCUUCGUCCGGUGGAGCCCCUCUCCCUCGCAAUCCCGCUCUCCAUUAGAAAUGGAGCAGCAGCGGCACCGUCUGCUGUCUGA